UACCACUACAUGGUCGUCGUCUUCUUCUUGUUCCACCACCACUUCUGCUAGUUCACAAGUACAAUUCUGGCGGGCGCUGAGGAGCUUGAGUUAGCUAGAAUUAUUGCAGACCUCCAAGUUGUCAGUUUGAAUAACAAGGUGUCUCUCUCGCAUCAUCCACAAGUGAAACAAUCAGAGCAAUUCUCUCUCACGGAUAAGGACCCAAAAAUUUGCAUUCCAGCACCCUCAGACUUCUUCUUGUCAAUACCCCCAACCCACACCCUACACAUAACCUUUCAAAAUGAAGUGGAUCUACGUCGUCGCUGCUUUUGCCCUUUUCGCCGUUGUGCGGUCGGACUCUGAAUUCGAAUCAGAUGAGGAAGGCGAAGCCAGGUUGGGAUUCGUCACCGUAACGGGCAACGGAGCCACCUCUGUGACCUUCAAUGCCACCUCCAUUCAAAAUGCCGUCAUUUUGGGUCUCUUCAUCCUCGUCCUCGGCGCUCUUGUUAUCCCUCUUUUGGGAGGUCUUGCCGGUGGAGAUGAUACCGGAUACGGUAGCGGUUAUGAGCAAACUGGAUACCAAACUGGCUACGAGCAACCCUCAUCUGGAUACAACACCUACUCCAAGAGGUCCAUUGAGGCUGUUGGCCCUGUUAUUGAGGCUCUGUCUAGCGCUUACCGCAAAUACGAGGAUGACGAACACUAAUUUCUUCGCGCUUCAACUUACUUCCAUUCUGUACAAUCACUGCCCCUAGAGGAAGUCAAAUCUCCUCUGAGGCCGUUCAAAGACUCUUUUCACCGCAACUGGAGAGGACCAAUCGCCAGCAAGAGUGAUUGGUAAAAUCCCUCUCCUUUCCUCAGCUCAAUCUGUAUUUCCCCCAACAAACUAAAUUGUACCAUCAAUGCCAUUCCUCUCGGCCUCCAAGCAAAAUUUAUCGGACUCUUAUCCUUCAACGCGCUUUGUUCCUUGCCCCGAGUUCGUUUUGCAUCAAAAUCAAAUGUCUUGGGGUCCAAGGCAAUGACCAGUUGGCAGUCUCUACCAUGUUCGAACUCCAACUCGCCAAACAAGGCCUUCAAAUUGUCAUCCCCGUUGAAGCCAUUCGUCUCAUGAAGAGGACUGGCUGGUUCCCCGGUCAGCUCCUCGCCUCACGUGACCCACUGCAAAUGAACAAUAGCGCUCGUUGUUGCGGCUUACCUCCCCCCAAAACUCUCCCACCCACUCACAUUCGGUCGCUCUCUUGGGAGGCCGUGGCCGACGAAAGUGGAACUCCCGUUGAAGCAAGAUGAAACCCUUCCUGUGAUGAUUGGCAAAGGUUUGGCAUCGAGGGCUUUUACUGGAGCGGACGCAACUGAAGACAACGAUGAAGAAUAAUUCUCCUCAACGUUUUCGAACCCUAGCCCCGCUUCCAUCCCCACCGAAGAGGACACCCUCGGUACCAAACUGAUACCAAUGAUUUUAUAAAGAAUAAUAAUUAUUGAUGACAAUUAAUUAUUGUUUGAAACUAUUGACUUGUUAUAUACUAGCUAUUGACACUA